CCGGUUGCCCCGGUGCAGGGGGUAGCUCACCCCGCGGCGCCCUGCCGGCCCUGCAGGCCCUGCCCCUGCAGGCCUCUGCCUCGUCGGGCCAUCCCCGCGUGCUGCGGGCGCCCUUCAACAUACAAUGUGGGGGCGGAGCUGUAAACAGCCUCGUAGUGGGCCAAGCUACAUCAGCAACUAUUAUCCAGUCGCCUGGAGGGGCUGUGAGACGUGGAAAUACGAGUUCUCAGCCUGAAGACGGAAUGAGUCUGAUAGUCCAGUUGGGCACUACAGUAGUGUCCAAACCUGGAUCCACUGUGACUGGUACACCCGGUUCUGGUGGACGCAACGUGUCUUAUCGAGAUAGUCGAGUUGCUGCUCAGUCAUCACCCCUGGGUGCAAUCACGUCAAAUGCUUCUAAUAGCGGAACGAUGUCGGCGCAAUCUCAACAUCGUACUAUUAUGACUGCAGUUGGAAGCACAGGAACUGUCAGAACUGUGCCUUCAAAUGUAAAUGCCAGCAACAUUACUGCUGGUGCCUUCAAAAUUCAUUCUCAGCAUCACAGAGUGAUAGCUAAUACUCAACAUGCUCAAGUUUCCGUUGUGCAGAAAAGCCAAAGCACAGCAUCCAUCCAUAAACCAUCACCAUUUAUGGAACUUCAGACUAGGAAGGUCAUUGUACCAGCCACAGCAAAUUGUAAAUUAAGCUCUGAGCUUGUUAAGGAGGUUCCUGUGGAAAAGUCUCAGCAGGUUUCGUUGUCUAAUGAUGAUAAGAAGAAUAAUCAAUCACAGAUUCCUCUAAUGUAUCAGUAUGUAUUGCAAGAGCACAAUUAUGUCGCCUUGCCACCUGCCUCGCCCCCUCUCUCACCUGUACUGCACCAUUCGGGAGGCUCCAAGAUCAAUGGGGUUCAGUCCAGUGCAAGUCCUUCUUCGCUCAAUAGUGAGUCUACUUCACAACACCACCCUGUGCAUCAUGUUCAGCACACUCCUCACAACCAACAAAAUAAGGGGUCAGGUCUUCUUACUAUGCGCCAAGCUGCUCAUGCACUCCAUAGUCCUCAUCAUGGUGGUCCUCAGACGCCUCACACUCAACGUACAUCAAUCCAUAUUCCGGAUGAUGUGGGAAGUGACAUUAGCAGUGAUGGUGGAAGAGAAGUGGAGCCUGAAGGCGAAGAAACAGAGACUGCUCCAGAAGCAGAAGGAGAAGAGGAUAGUGUGACUCGUUGCAUUUGUGACUUUGAACAUGAUGAUGGUUACAUGAUUUGCUGCGAUAAGUGCUCUGUGUGGCAGCAUGUAGAUUGUAUGGGAAUUGACAGAAUGAAUAUUCCGGAAGAGUACAUGUGUGAGAGAUGUCAGCCCAGGCGUGUUGAUAAGAUGCGUGCUCGCAACAUUCAAUGCAGAAAGAGAGAAGAAUUUUUCCACAAUGACACUUCAAGUGAUUCAUCAACUUCAUCUACUGACUCUGAACCACUGACUAUUGUAACAUCAGGGGUCAUGAAGAAGAGAGGGCCAGGCCCUGGUGGACGCCGGAAGAAUGAACCGUUAAGAAAGCCCCCCGUGGGCAAUGCUGGCUAUCGCCAGAGAAGGGACUCUGCCAGGGAUAAUGUGCCAUCCCUAGCCACUCCCAGGAGACAACCUACGCCUCGUAAAAAGUCAACUGAAAACAAGAGAGCACCUCGCCGCAGAAAGAGUAAAGGAGCAGAUGAGGAUAAAGGCCCUGAAUUUUGGGAGAAGUCUCCACCAAUUCAGUCUUUACGUCAGUGGAUUGAUAAUUAUGAGGAAGCUGUUACAAAUCACUACUCUCCUGAGCUUAGAGCUCGUAUUCAAAGCAUAAGGGUCAAUGGCGUUCAUUCUGAAGUUAAAGUUCCUUCUCAUUUGCUGUCUGGCUCAUCUGGUGUUGCCAAGUGCAGGUUAACUAUGCUACCUAAUGGAACAAAAAUUUUGGUGACUACUUGCUCUCUUGCUGCUAGUCAACCAAUCAUUGAACUGCGUGGCAAGUACAUGCUCUCUCAGCAACAUCGUGCUCUAAGUGCCAGAAACACCCCUCUUCCUGGUCCUUUCCUGUUCUUUCACCGUUUGCCACUUCCUGCUCUUCGAGAAGCAACUGAGGUGUGUGUGGAUUGCCGCACUUAUGGCAAUGACGCUCGUUUUGUGAGGAGAUCCUGUAAGCCCAACAGUGAGGUCAGACAUUGUGUGGAGAAAGGUACUCUUCAUUUAUUCCUGGUCACUCUGAGUAGUUUAGAAAAGAAUGCAGAGAUUACAAUUCGCCACCAAGAGGGUGCAAAUCUACCUUGCUGUUGUGGAAAUCCCAAGGAGUGUUCAGCCCAAUCUCAAAUUGCUGCUCAACCUAGUACUACCCUAAGCCGAAAAAAUGGUGCCCCAGAAGAGGUUAGGCGCCGAAGGGGCAGAAGACGAACUGUCUCUUCAAGUUAUUGUAGGGACUUGCCUAGCCCCAGUGGAAGGACACCCACCAGUCCUGUAGAUGCCCAGUCACCAUCAUUGACUCCCACUCCUGCCGCUCCAGCAACCCCUGUUACUCCAGCUACUCCUGUAACUCCAGUGUGUAUGGCGUCACCACCUCAUUCGCCUGUACCAGAAAAGAAAAGACGUCUCUCUCCUCCUGGGUCACCCUCUCCUCCGAAAGUGAAGGAGGAAGCAAAGGUGAAAGAGGAAGUCAAAGUGGAGCCAGAUGAGGGUGAAAGUAUUGUAGAUAAGGACAAGCCUGAGAAGGUGGAAAGUAAACCUGUAAAAGAGGAGAAGGAAGAAGAGUCUUCAUCUCCAUCUCCACCUCCUACUCCUCCCACAACUCGAAAUACUAUGACAAGGAGAAGUUCGACUGUAAACCGGCAACAGUCUGAAAGUGAAACUUCUGUACUUGGCUCACGAAGAGUUAAAGAAAAAGAGGAGAAGAAGGAGAAGGAAAAAGAAAAGGAAAGAGAAAAGGAUCGCAAAGAAGAAGAGAAACCUGUAAGGGAGAGAAGAGGAAGGAGCGAAUCUGAGCCAGAUCAAAAGAAUGUGCCUGUCAAGGCUGAACCUGUAGACAAGAAUAAAAGCAAAGCUCUGACUCGUGAAGAAAGGAAGAUGGAGGCAAUUAUGAAAGCUUUUGAACGUAUGGAGAAACUUGCCCAGAAAAAGCAAGAAGCUCAAGUGCGUCAGCAACGACAGAAGUCAGGGGACAAGAGUGAAGAGCCAGACACUCCACCAGUGCAACGCAAGGAGCCAGCAAAUGUUGACAAAACAAAAAGGAGGAAACGCAAAGGAAGAGGCAGAUCUGCCAGUACUCAACAGAAGGAAACUCCUCAAGCCACAAGACCUCAAAGACGCACCAGAUUCUUACGGGGCACAGGAAGAGAUGUUGAGCCUGAUUUAGAUCAGGAUAAUGACAAUGAAGCUGACAAUGACCCUGACAUGGACCAAGAUGUUGACGAUGCUUCAUCGGAUGAAGAGGUUCAGUCUCCACGCUCCAUAUUCCAAGAAAUUAAUAACAAAACACCUCCCCCUAAUUUUGACAAGGAUGCUGGAAGCUGCUCUUCCCAAGGUUCAACGCCUCCCACUCCCUUAUCAUCUGCAUGCCUUCUGGUUGCCGCUGCUGUUGGCCCGCUCGCACCAGGAUUUAAGUUCCCCAAAACUAAAAAAGGCCUUUUAACAUCAUGGUUUAAGAAUCCUGGAUUAGAUGGUGCAUCAACUCCUGAACCAGGGAAGGCUGCAUUGCCUUAUAUGAAGCCCCUGUCCCCUGAGGGCGUCAACAACAAUCUGACCCCUGCUACUGGUUCAGCUGGAUUUGCCAAGAAGCGAUGGCUUCGGCAGGCCAUCAGUGAAGACCACGCAGACUCCCCGAACGGCAGGGCGGGGUCAGGAGAGACCAUUGAGUAUGUAACUCCAUUAAAGAAACGCAGAUUGGCUCGCGAGUCUAUGUCAGCAGACUCACCAGCCAAUGUUGAGUCAGAGUCUGACCAGCCGACUCAAGAUGAGGACACUUUGGAUGGAACAGUCACGCCAGCCAAUGAAAAUGCUGAUACAGAGAUGAGCAGUCCUGACGAUGGUUCUCAAUCGGCUGAAGAUAUUGAGGUGCCACCAGCUCAGCCUACCCGAGUAACAUUUGAUAGUGGUGCUUUAUCUUCUGCUAUUUCAACAAGGAUUGAAACUGCUCCCCCAACUGAGACAAAAGAGGUUAAUAACAAACAUGAGCUCCAUAAUUCUACCCCAAAAGGCCGUCAAUCCUUCAUGGAGCCUGAGCCUGUAAUCAACCCUGUGCAGACCUCUAUUCCACAAGGUCCUACAGAUCCCCGGAGACCUCGUGAAAACUCCCUAAAACCUCCAACGGUGCCCACCAUGAGUCCUAGUCCAGCCCGUCCUUCCCCUUACGUUGCACCCCCACCGGUUGCAUUGCCAUCCACACCUCAACCCCCAGAACCUCCAGCCAUUAAACGCAAGCUUUCAAUCUCUGAAUAUCGUCAGAGGAAGCAGCGGACUAGUACUGAUACAGCUACUACGAAAGUAGAUGCAUCGCCGAGCCCGGAGGCUGGUGCCGUGAGCAGCAUGAAGCCCAUAAGCCGAGCUAGAAGCAACAGCAGCAGCAGCAGCAGUAGCAGCAGUUCUUUGUCUUCUGAUGAUGAAUCUAGCUCAGCACCCAUCAUGAAUAAGAUUCGACAGCUGGACAUGCGCGCCGCCAAAGUGGGUGCAUUUAACACAUCAAGCAGUUCGUCUACGGGUUCUGCAAUUCCAAGCAUUGUAGGUGGCAGCAUAUCAGUCUUAAAUGCUGACUCGUCUAACCUUGGGAAAGAAGGAGAAGGAGACGACAAGAAAGUGGGUUCAUCGUGGAGCUCUGCACCGACACUCCUAGAACGACAACGUGAAAAUUUGACGCAGAGACUAAGAAGAGAGUUUGGUCUGUUUGUUGCUGAUGAAGAGGAAUCAGAAAAGGCGAGGAAGCAAGCCCUUCUGGCAGUGGGCGUGGACCCACUCAAGGAAUUGGCGAGCAGCAAGGAGCCGGCAAACGAACUUGCUAAGGACCCUGUCAAGGAGCCGAUCAAGGACCCCGCCAAGGAGCUACCCAAGGAGAAGGAGAUGACGGCCAGUCCCAUUCCUUCUCUGGGCAAGAAAAAGGGGCCUCUCCCACCCCCUCCGCCCCCGGGACCGCCCCCGGCUGCAGGCGUGGCCAGCUUCAAGGCCCAGCCUGCAGUGGUGCCGCCCCCGAGCGUGGCGUUGUCGUUGGGAGUCCCGCCCCCGGGCGUGGCUGCCACCGUGCCGCCCCCGAUCGUGCCCGUGCCGCCGCCCGGCGUGCCGCCCCCGAGUGUGUCGCUGCCGGCGCACCUGAUGCCGCAGCCGCCCCCGCCGGGCACCGGGCCCACCACACUGCCACUGCCCACACCCUACAGCGGCGUGGUCGGCGUCGGCGUCACGACCCAUGCCGGCGUCAAGGCUGGCGCGGCCAAGCCCAGCCCCAGCCCCAGCAUGAAGGCCGGCAUGGCUGGCAAGCCCAGCCCCGGGCCCGUGCCCGUGCCUCCACCCGCGGCCGGCGCGGCCGGCCAGUUCUACGGAGCCACGGCCUCCCUGGCCGGCCCCGCAGCUGGAGUUGGGGUGGGAGUCGCACCACGGCCGAACAGCGGGUUCUACUACCCGCCCUUCAGCCGCCAAUGAGCACCGAGGCCGAAGCCGGGCCGAAGCCGGGGCCAGCUCGUUGAAGCCAUCAGUUCCUAAAGUGAUAGUAUUUAUUUGUCUAUAUAUUGUUUCUUAUAUAGAGGGAAAUAGAUGGACUUAGUUAAGUAACGCGUUCGGCUUACAUGCCAGUGGCUUUGCGUCAUGAGUCCGCAAUUCCCCUGGUGUGUAGCGUGACUGCGUUGCUGUGUGAAGUUCCCAGUUUUGUUACUUUUUUAAAUAAUCGUUAAAUGUGCAGGGUGAUCUGUACUAGGAAAGUGUGAGUAAUAUAGGUGGAAAUACUAUUUACAAUUAAAUCUUUUGUUCCUUAAUAGUUCGGUGAGGACUGCAUAUUUUUGUGAUUGAUGUGUGUGUACAAUUUAUGAAGACGUGUUAAACUUAAUUGUUGCUACUAGAUGAACUCCAUUCUUUACGACUUGAAUACCAGUGUUGUGAUUGUUACUGAUGAAGUACAGUACUGUGUAUAUAUUUUGCAAAAUUAGUAACUUUUCCUUCACAUUUUUUCAUUUGUUCAAAAUGAAAAAAUGUAUUGAUGGAAUAAUGUGAAGAUAUUGUAUUUAUUGUAACUAUUAUUUUUCUAAGGACAAAUUGAAACUUAAAGUACAAAAUUUGCAUAAAGAAGUCUAAUUACUAGCAUUCUAGAUUAACACAGUCUCAGAUGUUAAUUAAUGUUAGUAUUAUUUACUGACACUGUUGUAGACGAUAUUCACAUUGGUACAUUAUUUUAUGUACAUGCUGUUUCUGUUACCAUAGUCAACCCUUAAGAGGCCAGUUGGCAAGCUUCAGAUAUUUGUUCAAUUCCUUAAAGAAUGAUACUCUGAUUUUUAAAACUUUUGUGGGCCUUGAAUCUCGUCUCAGAAGGUAAUACUUCAAUAUUAAAAUUGUAAUGGCUCACUUCUAUAUGAAGUCUACUUAGUGGUUGCAUUUAGUUGACUUCUGCAGUCGCAGAUGAAGCCUAUCUGAAUCCCUUUUCUUUUGAGGAAGUAUUCUCAUUUAUUAGUGCUGCUUUAGCUGGGAAAUCUGUGGCUUAAUAGUUUAUAGUAAUUUAAUAUGAUGUCUGUGGUUAGAAAAUAGCUGUUGGAUGUUGUAUUAUGAAAUAUCACUCCCUGGUAUAACUAGCUAUUAGACAAGUGACCUUUUUAAUGUUUUGUGCAGCUUGUGGUGGCUUCCUUAAUUACCGGGUGGUCCAUUUUUAGUGGCCAAGUUACACGUGAAAUCAAUUUCACAUUGCUGUGGAUUCGUGGGACCGUGUCAUUUUGAAUCAGUAAUCAAGUUUGAAUUUUAAUAUUUAUUUACAUCAUUGAAAGAGUACAAAACGUGUGUAACAUCGUGAAUUGAGGUCCAACCUGUUUUGUUCCUUCCAGUUUUAAGUCAUAACAGAGGUAAAUAAGUAUGGCCAAACAAUAAAAUUCCAGAGCAAGUAUGUUUUUAAAAGUACUGGUGCUGUUGGUACGGUAUUUUUAGAAAGAAGUGCUUAUUGUGAUUACUUAACCUUUAUAUUUCAUGCGAACUCAUUUCUCAUAGAUUGAAAGCUCAUGCUCCCUGGUGGGGAUACUAACUUAAUGAACAUUUUGGGUUCUUCUAAAUUUAAGAGGAAUUCAUUUUGAAAUUGCUCUCUCUUAAGAGUCCCACUGAUUGCAGUGCAUCUCGUACUAACUCAAAGUCAAAUAAUACCUAGAAACUAAGUAUUUUGCUCUGCCUUACUGUGGGACUUAAUAUUUAGCUGUUAUAUUCUUAUUCAUUUCUGUUGUGUUUGUGUAAGAUUGAGUCACUGAAAACAUUCUACUCUUUUUAUGGAGUUAGUCCAUAAAAAUGUGUGUGGAUAUGUUUUUGUGUGUUUUUUAAAUUGUUAUUAUUGAUGUGUCUCAAGAUUUUUAAAAAUGUUUUAUUGCCCUUCUCUACGUCCAACAAGCCCUCUUCUCACCCUUUUCUGUCACAAUUUUAUUUAAGUAUUUUUCAUAAGGCGAAGAAUUAUAUGCACUUAGCUCUAAGUACAAAGCCAGUUUUUAUUAUACAUAUAUAUCUAUAAAUAUAUAUAAAUAUAUAUGACUAUGUAUGUUUUGUAUAUACUGUUUAGUUUGUAACAUAGCAACAUUCAUGAUUUGCAAAUAGAGACAUAUUUGGUGUUAUUCCAGAAGUUUUUCCUCUCCAGAUGUUAUGAUGUUACAUGUUAGGAAAAGAAUUAAAUAACCUAAAAAUUAAGACAGUUUAUGAAAUGACAAGUUGAUUGGUUGUGGAGCAGGUAGAUUGCCAUUUUUCUGUGAAUAAGUGUCAAUCUCUACUUGCAGAGUUACAAUUUUCUUUUCAAAUUUUAUUUUCUUUUAUUAUCUUUUUUUAAGGCUCAAGUUGUGUAAGAAAAGAUGAUGUGUGUUUCAGAAUGUGCUCAGAGUGCAGCCCACUGUUUUUGACGUUUUCCCACUACACCUGUAUAAUAUCUGUACUUUACAUUUGUACAUACUGUAAUAUCAUAUCUAUCGCUACUUUACAUAGCUGUCCGCAUGAACCUUUAAAAAUUGAAUUGGCUCAUAACUGUAAGAGAGAAUGGGUGAGCUUAAUAUUGUGAAAAAUAUAUACAUGUGACCUUUAAUAUGAUACAUCGUAAAAAUAUAUACAUGUGACCUUCUAA